AUGAGUGCAGUAAACUUUGGUAUGGAGUCACAAAAUUGCCUUCAUCCUGUACCAUGCGAAGGGCACAAUACAGGAAACGCAAUUGAGACAGGAUCUACAACAACUCAACAAAUGGGACCCGUUGGCCCGUGGGCAGGGGGUAAAUUAAAUUAUGGACCAUUUACUGGUUUUACGGGUACACAGCCUAUUGUUGAUAGAUAUUCGAUCACACGGUUUAGUGUACCUGAAUGGCAUGACCGUAAUUCACAUUUAGUUCACACUACAAACGAUGUACUGCAUACUUCACGAGAAAUUGAUUAUGAUAUAAAACAGAAACUUGAGGUAUCACGUGAAGAAACUGAUAAAAUUCAAGAGAACUCUACAAAUCGCUUACAAUAUCGUGCACAAGAAAUAUUACGUUGGAAAUGUGAAUUGGAACAAGCUAUUAUUGCGAUGAAACUUGAGAUUACUGAAUUAGAAGCAGAACGUGCUCGAUUGUUACAAGCGGAUGCUGUAUUAACGUCUCCUGAAAUGAUUGUUGGGGAAGCGAUUGAUUUACGAACAGGUCGUGUCGAAACAGAACUUAUACGAGACGAUGUGGAAGAAGAGUUAAUGAAAGAAUACGCAUUAAUUCAUGAAAUUCGUAACGUCUUUGAACGUACAUUAGAACGAGUAGAUCAACAAAUGUUUGAGAACCGAACUGCAAAAGCAAAAUUAGAAUUUGAUUGGAGCGAUAAAGCUCAUGCAUGCGAUGUAGAUAUGUUAAAUGCAUCAUUAAAUAAUAAAUCGAAUUUGAUUUUAUUUAGACCUGGAUCGACAAAAUUUCAAAUGCAGCAAUCAACACCUGAACAUUGGGAAGAGUUUACAAAAGAAGCACUUGAACAUAGUGAACUUAUCAGACAAAAGUCGAUAUCUUUAAGAAAUUCCUUAAAUUUAAUGUUAACAAAUGCAGCACGAGAUUUGCGUAGCCAGGCUGAUCGUGUUGAAAAUGCAUUACAACAAAAAAUUAAUGCUGUUUCCGAAUUACUUGAUACAUUGGAAGAACAAUUAAGACAGGUAUUAAAAUCAAUAUCCGAUAUGGAAAUAAAAGCAAAUGAAACUGAUGAUUUAAUACGCCGAUUGGAUUCAACGAUGAAAGUUGCACAAACUCGUUUGGAUAACCGAGAACUAAGAAUGGGAGUGGAAAAUUGUCGUGAUCCUUCUCAAUAUGGUUUAAUUAAUGAAGUUAAACGAUUGGGAGAGACAGUAACAUCGUUACGAAAGAAUUUUGAGGCAACUGAUAGUUCAAUACAAGCUUUAGUUGAGCAACGUGGUGAACUUGAACGAAAUAUUAUGUUUUUACGUAAAACAUUAUUAAUCGAUCGUGAUCGCAUUGGAAAAAUACGAUUAAAUUAUCCAUCAACAAUAAUUGUGGCUCCAAAUGUGGUACCAGGGGAAGAAGCGGGCCCACCAAUAUCUACCAGUACACCUGCUUCCAAUGAAGGUUUGAAAAAAUCAGAGGGAUUAUCACCAUUGCCUACGCCCUGUGAUAUGCCGAAGCCUCCAGUUCCUACAGCUCCUAUGUGUGUCCCUCCAAUACCACAUAUGCCUCCUGGGUUUGGUUUUCCAAUGCCACCCGUUCCACCCAUGAUGAAUCCUAUGGCAACUACUGGAAUAAGUGCGAUGAGUGCCGUGGAAACAAUGAAAAAUAUGGGUGAUGAAAUGGCGAAAGGGAUGGAGACACAGAUAUCUACUUGGUUUAAGUUGCCUCCAAAAAUACGAAAGUAA